UCUUAUACCAAAUCACAAACUGAACCUUCCCCAAAAAAACACACACACACACACACAAAUUCAAGAACUUUUCACACACAAACACACACUAAUGGGAAAAGAGUUCUCCUCCGUUCCUAUGUACACCGAAUCCGCCGAGGUCACCAAGAGCUUCGACGACGACGGCCAUAUUAAGCGCACGGGCACAUUGCUAACGGCCAGCUCGCACAUCAUAACGGCCGUCAUCGGGUCCGGGGUGCUCUCGCUCGCGUGGGCGAUCGCGCAGCUAGGAUGGCUCGUGGGCCCCGCCGUGCUCAUGGCCUUCUCCUUUAUCACCUACUAUACUUCGACCCUCCUGGCCGACUCCUAUCGCUGCCCGGGGCCCGUCCAAGGGACCCGCAACUAUACCUACAUGGACGCCGUGCGCGCCCAUUUAGGUGGUGUAAAAGUUCAGCUGUGUGGACUGGCGCAAUACGGCAAUCUUAUUGGAAUCACUAUUGGUUACACAAUAACUGCCUCUAUUAGUAUGGAGGCCAUAAAGAAGUCAAACUGUUAUCACAAACACGGACAUGACGCGCACUGCUCUGAACCGACCUACCCGUUCAUGAUAAUAUUUGCGGCAAUUGAGAUAGUUUUGUGCAUAAUACCGGAUUUUCACGAGCUAUCGUGGCUCUCUAUUGUGGCCGCCGUUAUGUCCUUUGCGUACUCUUCCAUCGGCCUCGGCCUCUCUAUAGCCAAAGUUGUAGGUGGUGGAGACAAGGUGAGGACGACGCUGACAGGGACGACGGUCGGGGUGGACCUAUCGGGAUCAGAUAAGGUGUGGAGAACAUUUCAAUCCAUUGGAAAUAUAGCCUUUGCUUAUGCCUACUCCACCGUGCUCAUCGAAAUCCAGGACACACUGAAGUCAAAGCCAUCAGAGAACAAAGUAAUGAAGAAGGCUUCAUUUAUAGGAGUGACAACCACAACAUUAUUCUACAUGCUAUGUGGCUGUGUGGGUUAUGCUGCUUUUGGCAAUAAUGCUCCUGGGAAUUUCCUCACUGGAUUUGGAUUUUAUGAACCAUUUUGGCUAAUUGAUUUUGCCAAUAUUUGCAUUGCAGUUCACCUCAUUGGUGCAUACCAGGUGUUCGCGCAGCCGAUAUUUGCCUUCGUGGAGAAGUCGUGCCAGAAGAGAUGGCCCGAGAGCAAGUUCAUAAACGCCGAGUACAUGCCGUUCAUGGGGUCCCACGGCUUCAACAUGUUCCGGCUGGUGUGGCGGACGAGCUACGUGGUGGUGACGGCCGUGCUGGCGAUGAUCUUCCCGUUCUUCAACGACAUUUUAGGCCUCAUCGGGGCCGCCUCGUUCUACCCACUCACGGUGUACUUCCCCAUCGAGAUGCACAUUUCGCAGCAAAAAAUCCCAAAAUACUCGUUCAAUUGGAUGUGGCUCAAGAUCCUCAGCUGGAGCUGCCUCGUCGUGUCGCUAGUGGCGGCCGCGGGCUCGAUCCAAGGGCUAGCCGUGGAUGUGAAGACCUACAAGCCGUUCAAAGCCUAAUUGAGGGAAAAAAGGGUAUGAAAAAAUGUGGGAUGAAAUAAGAGUGUAUGUGUAGUGUUAGGGUUUCGGUUUGGGGUAAUUAUUGUUGCUUUUAUUAGGAAGAAUCAUGAAAUAUAAUUUAAGUGUUGAUUGAUUAAAUGUUCAUUAAGAGUGAGUCUUUUCUUUUAUGUAAUGUUGUAAUUGUUCCUAAUGGGCUUUUAAUUAACCAAUUAUGGUUUGGCAAAAGUAUUAGAAUUCCAUCGGUAAA